UGUUCUGUCAAGACCAUGGCAAACAGGUCUGAGAAAAUGACAAUGAUGUGGCCACUAGGGGGAGCUGUUGUGGAAGUUAUUUACAGCUCUAGUGGCAGUUAUAUGUGUCAGCAUUCGAACAGUGCAUCGUUGGAACGUUGUCAACUGUCCUUCUGGGAGAGUGUGUCAGUUAUGACACCCGCUGUAUCGGUGGGAAAUGUUGGGCAGCUGGCUGUAGAUUUAAUUAUUUCCACACUUGACAUAUCCAAAGUUGGUUACUUUUAUACUGAUUGUCUUGUGCCAAUGACUGGAAAUAAUCCAUAUGCAACAACAGAAGAGAAUGCAACGGAGCUGUGUAUAAAUGCUGAAGUGUAUGCUUUGCCUUCUAAAGAAUUGGUGGUUUUGCAACUCAGAUCUCCAUUUAUAAAGAAUAAAUACAGGCCUUUUUGUCAAACAAUUCUUGCCUGGGUGAAAAGUUGUGGAUUUGCCAGAAUUGUUCUUUUGUCCAGCAGUCAUGCUUACCAACGUAAUGAUCAACAACUUCAUGGUACCUCACUACGAUACUUGCUGUCAUCUGUUGUUGAGAAAACUAUCGAAAGCACACUGAAGAAAUUAAAUGGUAAAGAACUGGAGCAAGUAGCAGCUUUUCCUGGAGUAAAUGAUGAUGAGAAAGUGUUCCAUAUUCCAGGAGGUGGUAUCACAAAACUGCUGUUCACAGAAAGUUGUUCAAAAGGAAUUCCCAUGGUAGUCUUGCUAAAGUUUUGCUCAGAAGGGGAUAAUAUCCCUGAUGCUCUUACGCUAGCUGACUAUCUUAAUGAAUGGCUUCAUCUUACUGCCACACAAAAUGAAAGUUCUUCAAUUAAAUCUUCCAGAUGGAAAAUACCAAGUUCCUGGAAAUUACUUUUUGGUAGUGGACUCCCUCCUGCAUUGUUUUAAUUCAUCUUGUUUUGUCUUUGGACUCUGAAGAGAAAUAAUUGUAGUAGCCCAUAAACUUUGUUUCUGGUUUCACUACUGAAGUAUUAAGGACCUUAUUAUUACAAGGAUAUUUAAGUAAUUUUUCUGUACACUUGUGAAAUAAUUAAGAAAAAACCCUUUGUGGCAAUUUGUACAUUCGUCAGCGUGGCUCUUAUAAGGUUUUGUUUAUGUUAUGAUAUCUCUGCGCACAGAUGCUAUGUGAUCAGCAUUGCUUAGAUCUAAUAUUUUUAUUUUUGAGAAACAUGUUCCUUAAAUUUAAACAUGUUCCUUAAAUCUGAAAAAAGGGUAACACUGCUUACCAGUUCAAAGCCGUGGUCAAAAUUCAUUCCAUUGUUGCAGCAGUUAUAGUUCAAAAAGAUGGAAUUGACAAGAUUUUUAGUUACAUUUUAAAGGGAAAGAAUAACCAUACUCAGAGAUUCAAUCAACUCCUGGAGCUGGCUUUCAUUGAUCCUCUUAAUAACUCGUAGUGAAAUAGAAAAAGUUAAGUAGAUAUAAUAACGGCUUCGUUAGAUUGCACUGUUAAUGUCAGUAACUAUGGGGAAAUACUUCAGUUACAGCUGGAAAUAGUCAGGGAUUUAAAUAGAAUUUCUCAGAAGUAUCACCAAAAGAAUUAUUGUGGUGGUGAAAAAUACACAAACACCAGUAUAUCAAUUAAAAAAAAUAUUUAAUGCUGCCAAAAGUAUAAAAAAUACAAUUAAGAAUGGCAGUACAAAGUAUUAUCUAAUGUGAUCUCUUACAUCUUUCUACAGAUGAUACAAGCAUAAAACACUUAAGACAAAAUUACUCUAAUUUGCAAAGUCUCUUGCUGGUGAUGUACUUCAUUCCCUGGUUGUUUACGUUGUAAACAGAUAUUUAUGAGGCCACUGGGAAUUGUUCAGACCUCACUUUUGUUCCUGAAGAGGGAUGAUGUUCUGCUUUGCGUGCCAAUAGUGUGUAAUUAUAGCUGCAGAAUAUUCACAAGUUGGCUGCUUAGGUGUCGGUCACUCUCGGCCUACAGACACACAACGUAAAAGAGUCACAGAUUCAGUACAGGCAGAGAUAACAAUUCUGCGGUUUUAGCUUCACUGCAACUGCAAAUAAAUAAAUAAAUUUGGGAGUACAAUGAAAGCCAUAUUUAUUUAUAGCAGUUUUCAAAGCAUGGGUAUGUGCAUAUAUAUACAUAUGCAUAUAUAAUUACAAUCUGAUACAGUUUAAAAAGCAACAAAAAUAUCAAUUUCCCAGUAAUACCUUGCUGUUGACUGAACAGGAAGGAGUUCAUUUUUCUGCUCUGAAAUGUGUUUUGACUGAAAUAUGUGCGUUCUGUAAUGUAUCAAUGAUCUGAGUCUGUUGGAACUCUACUGCUAUUACAUUUGAGAAAUAAAAGAUUAAUGGAAAGGUUAAUUAACAUUCAGAUGUAUUUGAGAUACAGGAAUAAACAGAGAGGACCAAGGUA